AUGCGAUGUCCGUGUCGGAGUGGAUAUUUCUACACCAGACAAUAUCACUACUGUAUCCGAUAUGCUGGAUAUUCUUUUACAAAGGAAUCUUCCUUUAACGCUUGCUACAGCAGAAAUGAAACGCUUAUUAAAGUCAAUUCAGGGGAAGAAAAUUUGUUUGUGAGCAGUUUAAUUUAUUCAUUUGUCAACAAGACAUUGAACAUUGCAUCUGAUAUCAAAAGUCACCAACUGAUUAUUGACGGUGAGAAAGCAUCGGAUGGUCACUGGAGAUCGUUAUUCGGAACACACGAGAUUCUAAACUAUACAAAGUUUGAAGAUGGGUAUACGGCCUCCACUGGAAGAAGAAUAUACAUGUCACCUACGACCUUCCUAGAUUUGAAAGAAUACAUAUGGAAAGCUGGAUCUCUUAAUACCUAUAAAAAGUCUGUGUUUUGUCAGUAUCAACCCUAACAUGGAAGGAAUAAAUUUAAAACAUUUUGUACCAUAAAAUAGGUGCAUGCAUCGAAGAAAACUAAAGUAAAUGA